GGAGGGGAGGUCUACACUUUAGGGGCUUGCUCUUGCAGCAUCAAAGUCACAAGGCAGCCUUGCAGAAGACAGAGCUCCAUCAUGCCCAGCUCGGCACUGCUAUAUUGCCUAAUCUUACUGGCUGGAGUCCGGCCCAGCAGAGGCGAGUACCCCCGGAAUGAGAGUAACUGCACCCACUUCCCAGUCAGCCAGACCCACAUGCUCCGAGAGCUUCGAGCUGCCUUCAGCCAGGUGAAGACUUUCUUUCAAAAGAAGGACCAGUUGGACAACAUACUGUUAACGGAUUCCUUGCAGCAGGACUUUAAGGGUUACUUGGGUUGCCAAGCCUUAUCAGAAAUGAUCCAGUUUUACCUGGUAGAAGUGAUGCCCCAGGCAGAGAACCACGGCCCAGAAAUCAAGGAGAACUUGAACUCCCUGGGAGAGAAGUUGAAGACCCUCAGAAUGCAGCUGCGGCGCUGUCAUCGAUUUCUCCCCUGUGAAAAUAAGAGCAAGGCUGUGGAACAGGUGAAGAAUGAUUUUAAUAAGCUCCAAGAGAAAGGUGUCUACAAGGCCAUGAAUGAAUUUGACAUCUUCAUCAACUGCAUAGAAGCAUACAUGACAAUCAAAAUGAAAAGCUGAACUGCCCAGAGCACGUGUUGAGUCUCCUGGGCCCCAGGUCAUAAACAGAGCUCUCUAAACCUGAUCCAAGGGUCUCAGCUAACAGAAGCACCUCCUUGGAAAACCUCAUUGUACCUCUCUCCAAAAUAUUUAUUACCUCUGAUACCUCAGUUCCCAUUCUAUUUAUUCACUGAGCUUCUAUGUGAACUAUUUAGAAAGAAGCCCAAUAUUAUAAUUUUGCAAUAUUUAUUAUUUUUACCUAUGUUUAGCUGUUUCCAUAGGGGAUACUUUAUAGCAUUUGAGUGUUCUAAGGGAAAUUAUGGUAUAUAAUGGGGGGAUCCUCCUUGGGAAGCCAACUGAAGCUUCCGUUCUAAGUUUGGCCACACUUAAUAGCUGCAGAGCUGUUUACUAUAAUGUCCCUUUAGUUUCUCUCAUCCCUGAGUUCAGGGCUCCUGAAAGAGUUAUGAAGACUCUCAUGGGUCUUGGGAAGAGAACCUAGAGAGCGCCUUUGAUGAUUAUCCUUGCAACAGCUCAGAGGGAUUCCCCUGACCUCAUUCUCCAACCACUUCAUUCUCAAAAGCUGUGGCCAGUUUGUUAUUUAUAACCACCUAAAAUUAGUUCUAAUAGAACUCAUUUUUAACUAGAAGUAAUUCAAUUCCUUUGGGAAUGGUGUAUCAUUUGUCUGUUUUUGUAGCAGAUUCUAAUUUUGAAUAAAUGGAUCUUAUUC